CGAUUGAUGCUAUGAAUAAUAUCUUUAUUUAUGUCAUUGGGAUACUGAGGCCCAGUAAUUCAGAAAAAUGGUCGGAGUCGUUCAUUUCAUUUCCUUCCAUGGUUUUCGCCAAGCAGAACCAGGAAGGCGAAUGCAAGUAUUUUUCGCCUCUAUAUCUUUCCAAGUAUUUUUCUUGACGGUGCUCGUACAGAGAAAACAUGAAGGCGAAUGCAACGUCGUCGUUUGUGAAAUCAUCAGCAGAACCAGAACUAGAGGAAGAAGUCAGUGUCUCCUCCACUUCCAUCUCAGCCCUUGAGGCACUUUCCGUACAUCUGAUAUCUGUGCUGGGCCUGGUUCUAGCCCUUCUGCUGGCCCACACUUUCUUCUCCGUCAACCUCGUCUCUCACCCCUCUCCCACUCUCCUUCUCGUCUCUAUCAUUGAGUGCCCAAUUGUGAUUCUUCUCUACAGUCGUUACCGGAAGAAUCGUGAUGAAUGCACGUACUUGAAGGCCGUGGGACAGGGGCUACUAGGACUUCCUGUCGGGGCUCUGGUUAAUGCUUUGGGGGCUAUUGCAUUGGGCGCACCUGUUGGCACUCAAUACUUUUUAAAGACCAUUAACUGGUCUCUGAUGAUGUCAUUGUUCACUAUUGUGCCUGCAGUUUCUGUAUUUGGUUCAUCGUGGAAGGAUUGGCAACGCAUAUUUGCAAACACAAAGCCAAUUGGAUCUUUAGGUUUUAUAAUUUACCUACCGGCACAUGGAGCCAUCAUUGGAGCUUGGCUUGGGGCUUUGCCAAUGCCGCUUGAUUGGGAAAGAUCGUGGCAGGAAUGGCCUAUUUGUGUGAGUUAUGGAGCGAUGGCUGGGUACCUAGUUGCCAUGGUGGCCUCAUCUAGCCUUAUCCUCGCACGUGCCAGAUUUCAGCAUGUCAAAGUCAACCGAGACUAACGAGCAACUCUUCCUUCGAUUAUUUCUACCUUGAAAAACAAACAAUCAAACAAACAAAGUAACUGGAUGCAUUUCUGGACAUGGCCUUUGACCGGAAACUCCACUCAAAACUUAUCUGCUUUUAAUUAAAACUGAACAAACCACAAACGUCGUCCUAUUAGGACGGGAUGCAACCUAA